AUGCGAAAAAAAAGGAAAUGAGAUCUUCGCUUGUUCGUCUGGUGGGAAAUGAAUGCAAUGCGCACAGCCACGCGAAACCCUAAAUUUCGAAUGGUGAAAGAUGGACGGUCACGAUAAGGGGCUGCCUCAGACAGAUCUCCCGCCGUCCAGUCGCGAACGGUGGCGAUGGGACCAAAGAGUAAGGGAAAAAAAUUUAACCUGAUCAGCUUGUUUGUGUGCGGUCGCGGCUAUGGCGUGCGGGUGCGCCGCUUCUCUCCAUUCGUGCGCGCUGCUUCUACCGUUACGGCGCCAGAUCUGGUGAGAAUCUCGCUUCCCUAGUUUGCUAGCGCCCCGGUUUCCAGCGAUCCAGGAAAUGCUACGGCCUAGGGGUUUGUAUUCCGCGGCUGGGAGCUUGAAUUCUCGAUGAAGCUGCUACCUUGCCGCAAGAGGAUCCCAUUGUGAUGGCCGGAAUGAACCCGCCAAUGGAGCUCAGGAGCGAGGAGAAUGAGGAUGCUUGCCCGGAUUCUUGGGAGCUGGCCGAUCUGGAGGAGAGUAUGAAGCGGCUUGUGCCCGCUGGUUGCAGUCUUGGCCUCCACAAAGAGAGUGGCGGCGGCGACGAUGAUUCGGCACAAAUUGACGAGUUCUUGCGUGAGGCGCUCCAGAAUCCUCACGACCGUAUGACUAUUCUAAGGCUAGAACACGACGUGGAGAGAUUCGUAAGAAAUCCAAAGCAGUUUCAGCUUGAGUUCCCUCCUAUGGCGUCGUCCUACUUGCGCCUAGCAGUUCACAGGGUAGCGCAACACUACUACCUUAUAACUUCGGUGAUUGACAGCAACGUGGAAGGAUGCAGGAUCAUAGUCCGGAAGAGUGGGGAGAAUAAGUUUCCCUCGAUCAGGCUCGCGGACAUUCCUGUUGCCGCGGAUGGUGGCAGCAACUCCAACACCAAGUUUGUGAUCAAGCAGAGACCACAGGCUAGUUUUAUAUCCGGUGGAGAUAGCAGCGGGGCUGCUAGUGGAUCCGGAAGCAAUGCCUCCAAGAGUAUGGAGGAACGGAACGAGGAGUAUAACAAGGCCCGAGCCAGGAUUUUUCGGCAUGAGCAGGAACAGAGAGCUUAUGACGAGCUGCUGGAAGUAGAGAAGAGGAAAACCGCAAAGGUGGUAGAAGUAAGAGAGAGCGCUUCAACCCCUGAGCAGGGAAGGCAGCGGAUGAACGCCGGAUCUGGCAGUAAUAGCUGCAGCAGCAGCAGCAGCAGCAGCGGUGGCAGCGGCAGCAAAACAGACAAAGAUCAAUCCAGCAAGUCGAGGCAAAAGGUUGCUAUAUUCCGUGACCGAGAGAAAGAUCGCAAAGAUCCCGAUUACGAUCGGAACUAUGACAGGUAUUCACAGCGGUUUGAUCCAGGUUUUGGACUAAACCAGCCACCAGCCUUUGCUUGGCUGUCCUCCUGUAAGGCAAAUGCCACCGCAAGCAACCAGUCAAUCGGGCUGGAGGCACGCAUACCAACAACACCAGGAUAUGAUGCGAGCCCCGGCACCGUUUAAUCCUCCGCCACCGCGGGUGUCUCCACACACCAACAUGGCGACUUAUAUGUCGCAGUACCCAUAUCCUCGGCCUUCUAUGGCCUAUCACUACUCUUCGCAAGUU